AGCACAUUUUCCCCUUUCGCUGGUUCUUCCUCUUUCCCCACUCCUUCCCUUCCGUGCACCACACCCUGCUUUUUGCCAGUAAACAGCGCAAACAACAGGCAACGGUCAAGACGAGAAGGGGAUCCCAUUCACAGCUACAGAUAGAAAAAAAAAACACGCUAUACAAAAGAAAAAGAAAAACCUGUUCGUGAAGGGAAGAAGUGGAACUCCUUAAUCGCAUUCACACUCGUACGCACCAUCAAACCGACUCCUUCGACAAAGCAGCACACUCCAUCACACUUUUCUUGCACACUCGGCCCCAGAUUCGACAUCAAUAGCAACAACAAUGGGAGGAGUAUCACUUGUGGACACGCCUGCUGGACCAGAUAGCCACACUGCUUCCAUCAAGAACCUUUCGCAAAUCGAGGCGUUGAACCAGCUUGCCCUCGAUGCCAGUGCCCUCACUAACGGACAGAGUUACGGCCCCUCGCAGACUCAGCCCCAGUCCAAUAACUCGUUUUCCAUCUCGGACUUUCUCGUCCCCGGUCUUCAAUCCAAAGCUUGGGAGGACUGGCAGGUCGCCGAUGAGUUGGACCCAUUUACCGCCGGAAUGAAUUCUCAGGACUUUACAUCUGAUAUCAACAACGCGCCCUUUCAACUGGGUCUGGAUUGCAUGUUCGGCAGUACGGGUUGGGAUGCCACGACUGCAGGUCUCCCUGCAGACCAGGCCUAUGACGAAUACGUCUUCGACUUGGCGCCUUCCAACUUUGCGGCCCCUGAUAUUGUCAAUAUUGCAGAUCUAAUUGUCGGACCCAACUCAAUGGCACCCUCUGUCUCGCCUCUGGAUCUCGCAAUGUCCAGCAUGCCCCAAAACUAUAACAACUAUCAGGAUCUCGCCCUUGCCAAUCUGUACGGAUUCACGGAGCACGACUCGGCGAUCUCAGACUCGGACCUUGGCUCGGAUCUGAGCGAGGUUGACUCCUUGUCGGAUGAUGACGAAGAUUGUGAUGAAGAUGACGAAGAUGACGAGGAUGACGAGGAUGACGAUGAGACCGAUGAAGUCGACGAAGACUCCGCCAAUGUUGAACUUGUGCUCACGGAGCCGGUCGAUAUCGAACAGGAUGACGAGAUGGAUGAGAGCUUAAGCAUCGCUGUCGCCAUGUCCCUUGAAGCAGUCGACUGCCCCGAGCCAGCUAUGGUUGCUCCUACAGUACCUGUAGCUGAAGAUCCAAACAAGCGCCGCAUGGAAGAGGUUCUGGUGGCGCGCAUCAACAACGACCUUGGCCCUGAACACAUGGCUGGACUUUUCAAGAUCCUGAAGGGUACCAGUGGUCAAGAGGAUGCUAAAGAUGACGACGACGACGACGAAGAGAUGGAGGUUGAUUUGUCCCGCUUGGACGAAACCACUCUUGUGGAGCUCCACCAAUACGUUGAGACCUGCUGCAUGCAGAUCAUGGGCACCAUUCUUGCAGAGGAGCAGGAACGUAAGAGAACCGCUGCUAUUGCUGCUGCUAAAGCAAAGGCGGAACAGGAGGCCUUGGAGAGAGCGCGUUACUACCAGCAAAGAACGCCCGAGCUCUCGCCCAGCCAUUCGUACUCCUCUGCAUCGCCUUCGCCCCCUCACCCUUCGUCCUCAAACAGCGGCUGCGGCCCCAACAGCAACAGGAAGCGCUCUAUGGCGGUUUCGACAUCUUGUACCCAGUAUUAUGAGCGCAGCGGUGUCGAGGAGCAGACCGAGGCGCUUUGGAUGACGGCUCAGCACAAAGUCAAGCGGAAACGAUCCAGCAACAACCCUGCCUGCAUGGGUGGUGGCGGCACUGGCAAAGGCCGAAGGAUACAAACGUCGUUCCAGGAAGUUCAGGAGGACAUGGGCAUGGAAAUUGAUGAGGAUGACGAGAUUGACAUUGUCGGUAUCUAAACAGGAUCUUCGACAACCGCUCUUUCACUAUUCUCUUUUUUUUUAUCCUUAUUAUUCUUGGACUCUUUUACAAGUCUUUGUAAUUUUAUCCGCAUCUUUUACCAUUAUUUUUCUUGCAUCCAAUACUCUCAACAUUAUCGAUCGUGAUGACCCUCGUCGAGAACUUGGCUCCCUUUGUAUUUUUAGGACACGACCGAACGACCAUAUAUGUUUCGCAGCUCUUUUUUUCUUUACUUUCCUAUUUUCAUCGUUUCCUCCGUUUUUGUAGACAAACAUACCAUGAUUUUGCACAGCGUGUUGAUGGUUCAGGGCCUGAACAGAAUCAAAAGUAUAAUAAAAACGAAAAAAAAC